GUUAUCGAUAGAUAAUAAUUUCUUCGAUCUAUCGAUCUAUGUUGGUAUUUUCCAGACGAGUUUUGGCUCUCUCUGCGCAUUGAAUUCAAUAUUUAUCACUUAACUAAUAACAUAGUUAAUAUUAAAUAACAUAACGUGUGGAAACGAGAUGUUUAAGUGCACUGCGCACCGGCUAAAACUUAAAACACAAUAUAGUAACUGUAGGAUUUCUACCGAAAUCUGUUUGCUGAAAAUAUUGUGCCGCAAGUGCAGAACCAGUGGCAAAAGUCGCCGCAAUAAGUACAGAACAAAUUGGGCUGCGGAGAAGUGAAUACGUCAAGAUUUCUUUUCGUACUAAUUUUAUUGAGCAUGGAUCCAUGUUUUACAUCUACAUCUACAUCUACCCGAUGGUCGGGUUAAAAUUUCCCAAGGGUUAUGACAGAUAGUAUGAAGGCACGUCCGUCGGCUGGGUGCUUAUGGUUUAUGACCCGUUAUCACAUGCAGAUGUGCACAGACCAGGAUAUCAGCUACAUAUUUAUUUAGGUCAAAGUAGCUAUCAGCAACGAACGAAUUUCUGCUAAGUCGAAAUCGUACAGUAACAUUAAAAGGCGAGAGAUUUUUAUGAUGACUUUCAAAAUGUACACAACUUCUCUUAAUUCUUAUCAAAAAAGCUUAAAAAGCCAAAGAGAAACGUCGUCAAAACAAUAGCAAAUCAGUUCAGUAAUUCUCUCCGGCAUGGCAACAGUAAAACAGCUGACGAGAAUAACGGAUAUAGACGAUCUAAAAGAUCUGAAGCAGCUGUAUCUGAAGGAUUGGCCCAAAAACUGUGUCGGCUUCUUCUGGCUGGAUAAUUAUUUGCGAUGGUUGCAUCAAAAUCCGAGCUUAAACCACCUCAACUUUUAUACUUUGGAUAAUGAUUGGAAAAGCGAUGGAUUGUUUAUACUGGUGCAUCGCUAUCAGUUAUUUUUCAGUAACUUAAGCAAACAAAAAUCUGAAUUAAAAGUUGCGUUGAAAUUCUUGGAUUGGUCGGGAGGCUUCAAAGUCAGUGCCAUUCACGAGACCCAUCACAACAUCUACAAAGAGCUCGUUUCGGAACUCAAUCUUAGAAUGGAUCGUGAAAUGGCUACCAUUAUGUAUAGUUUAACCUGUCAGGAGGCCAAGAAAUUGGUUGUAAAUUGUCCAGACGGUUAUUAUCUCGAUAAAGUGCGUUUGGAACAUGCAGAUCUCAUAAACGAUCUAUGGUCAGCUCGUCAUCCCGGUUCCCUUAAACUCAUUCAAAUGCUCAUAACUCACAACACAAAUGUUGGUUUAUAUGAGGAAAAAUCGGGUUUAUUGUGCGCAUGGUGUUUGAGACUUCAAAGCGGUUUUCUCGGUGCUUUAGAAGUGAUUCAAACCCAUCAACGUCGCGGUUUGGGGUUAGUAGUUGCCGCAGCCAUAUCCAAGGCAAUUGCCACCGAUCUGCAGCAGGAUAUUACGGCCCUGGUGAAUCUGAACAAUGAUGCUGCCUGUCGGGUGUUCCAGAAACUGGAUUUCAAAUUGAUCCGGCGCGAGCACUAUUACUGGAGCAUGAUCAAGCCGAUGGACGGAGAUCAGAUAUCUUGGCCCAGCAACGAAUAAACCCAGACAGCAAAUAGAGAUAUAGAAAUGUGUACAAGGGCUGAAAUGCAAAAACAUCUAUAAAGAAAUGCACUAUCUAAGGCAAA